AUGUCCCCCGCAGAGAUCAUACGUCCAGCGGCCAAGGUCCAACUCAUGGACUCCAAAGCCCAUGGCAAUAACCAUGAAGAAAUUAUCCGCGCUCCCCUCAACUACCUCCUCGACUUGCCCGGCAAGGAAGUCAGGAGCAAGUUGAUGUCGGCCUUCAACCAAUGGCUCCGUAUUCCCGAAGAGAAGCUAGAGGUCAUCAAGCGCAUUGUAAUGCUUCUGCACAACGCAUCCCUUCUACUAGACGACAUCCAGGACUCCUCGACCCUCCGUCGUGGCCUGCCCGUAUCGCACAGCAUUUUCGGCAUUGCUCAGACCAUCAACGCCGCCAACUAUGCCUUCUUCCUGGCGCAGCAGGAGAUCCCCAAGCUGGAAGACCCUCGCGCGUUCGAAGUUUUUACCGAAGAGCUGCUCAACCUGCACCGCGGGCAGGGCAUGGACAUUUACUGGAGGGACGCCUCCAUCUGCCCGACGGAGGAGGAGUAUUUCACCAUGGUCUCCAACAAGACGGGAGGCCUGUUCAGGCUGGCGGUGAGGCUCAUGCAGCUGGCAAGCGAAAGUGACCGAGACUACGUCCCUCUGGUGAACGUCAUGGGUCUCAUCUUCCAGGUGCGGGACGACUAUCUCAACCUGCAGAGCACCGCCUACACCAAGAACAAGGGGUUCGGUGAGGACCUGACGGAGGGCAAGUUCUCGUUCCCCAUCAUCCACAGCAUCCGCUCGAACCCGUCCAACAUCCAGCUGUCCAGCAUCCUCAAGCAGCGGACGACGGACGUCGACGUGAAGCUGUUCGCGGUCGCCUACAUCGAGUCGACCGGCUCCUUUGAGCAUUGCCGGAAGACGCUGGCGGAGCUGAUGGCCCAGGCGAAGGCAAUCAUCGAGGGCAUGGAGGGCGAUUCUUCCGAGAGCUUGAGUGUGAUGAACCAGAUCUUGACGAUGCUUGGGCUGGAUGGAAACGAAGUACCUCGCUGA